GCGCAGCGCCGACUGCGGCGGCCGUACGGGAGGAGUGGGGUGGCGGGGACCGUGCGCGGCGGCCGGCAGCAUCCACCGCCCAGCCCGGCGCUGGGGACAGCCAUGGGGAGCAGCCGCCGCUCCAGCUGCCGCGGAGAAACUCCCCUCCGGAUGUCGGCUGCGGGUGGCCUGGUCUGAGCAGGAGGGGGAGGAGGGAGAGGAGGAAGGGCCGUAGCAGCGGCGGACUGUGCAAGUUGCGCUCUGCCCUUCUUCUCCCCGGCCCGUCUCCUACCCGCGGAGCAGCAUGCGGACUGGCCUCCGCGCUCUCUCAGAUGUGCUCUGGCUGCCGCCGCCUUCAGUGCAUCCUGCUGCUGGCAGCGCUCACCCGGGCGCUGGAUGAGACGGGAGCAGGGAGAUCGCUGCUGCGGUUCCGCCCGCUCCUUCAUGCGGGCUUCUGCUCCGGCGGAGGUCGCACCGCCGCCGCGGAGGAGCCGGGCUGCCCUCCCACCCCGCGCCCGCCCGCCCGGGGGGCCCGCAUGGCGUGCUACCUGGUCAUCAGCUCCCGGCACCUCAGCAACGGGCACUACCGCGGCAUCAAAGGCGUCUUCAGGGGACCGCUCUGCAAGAAGGGCGCUCGCUCGCCGGUAACUGCCACCUCCUCGCCCCCUCCCUCACUUGCCCCCCGCACGGACUACGCUGAGAAGGAGAAAGCUGCAGCUAAGGCCCUGGAGGAUGUGAAGGCUAACUUCUACUGUGAACUGUGCGACAAGCAGUACCACAAACACCAGGAAUUUGACAACCACAUCAAUUCUUAUGACCAUGCUCACAAGCAGAGAUUGAAAGAUUUAAAACAAAGGGAAUUUGCUCGAAAUGUGGCUUCAAAGUCAUGGAAAGAUGAGAAGAAACAGGAAAAAGCACUCAAGCGACUCCACCAGCUUGCAGAGCUACGGAAGCAGUCAGAAUGCAUCACUGGGAGUGGACCAUUGCUUAAAGCCCCCCGAUUAGUCCUGGAAAAGCAGCAAUCACCAGAUGGCAUUUUCCUCUACAAGGGCAGCAAGUUCACAGCAAGUUCUCAAAGAGCCAUCACAAGUGAAGGACAAGGCUUCUCCAAAAGCAUACUAGAGAAACAGCAACUUAUUAUAAGCAGGCACCACCCCCCAGCUGAAAGACACCAUGCACUUGGAAAUCGCGUCUCACAAAUAUUCCCAUACAGCAACAAUACCUCUCAAAGGGCAGGAGUGUCUUUUUCAUUCUCUAAGAAGGUCCCUUUGAAGCUUGAGUCCUCAGCAUCAGUCUUCAGUGAGAACUGUGAAGAAGGAAAUGAUUAUAGUGAGUCCCCCAACCACAGUAAAAAGCAAACUAUUGAGGGCUGUCAUUCUGUCACACUUUUGGAGGAACAACUGAAAGCAAGUUUGGAUAAAGAGUCACCUAUUGCACAAGAACAAAUGGAUUUGGAUAACAGUGUAUCAAGUUAUGUAGCUGCAAAACCUAAAAUGCUAAAGGAAAAUGAUAAAAGUAGUGAUAGGGAAUCAGAAGAAAAAUUCAGAGCUAAUCCUUCCUUUUCUAAAGUCAAAAUACCACUUCCAAAUUUGAAUUUUUCUGCUUCGUUGAGAGAAACAGAGCAAGAGAGCAAACUGAAUGAAUCUGAGCAAUUCUUAGAAACUCCCAUCUCAUCUUCAUGCCAACCUAGCAAUUUUUGUACACAGCUGAACAUCUACAAGCACAGCAACGCCCACCUGCCUGCCCAGUUAUCUGAGCUCCCAGGACAGCCAGCACCUGAGCUGACCUGUUCAAGCAACAUUAAUGACAGUCCUGGAGUGAUAAAAAGAGAAAGAUCUUUGGAGAUUACAGAAACCACAGAUGGAAAUAUGGAAACACUUGAAAAGGGGACCAUGGUUAAAGAAGUUAAGCCCCAGGCAUUGCCUUUCCUCCAUGUAGUGAGCAAAGAUGGCACCACUGCUCUGCAGUGGCCCACAGAAUUACUUUUGUUUACAAAAACGGAGCCCUGUAUUUCAUAUGGCUGUAAUCCAUUGUAUUUUGACUUCAGAGUCUCUUUAAAUCACAGGGAGGGUAAAGAGCAUGAAACAAACAAAGCAAGCCGUAAAGAGCUCUCUAAAAAUAAGACUGGAGAUGAAUAUGAACCCUCAGGUUUAAUAAAACACAAGCAAAUGUCAAAUGAACAAGAUAAUCAGUUGUUGAAACCAAAGAAGAUGAAAGGUUCCCUAAAUCCAAGAAAGGCCAAGCAAAAAGCUGAGUCUGACAUAGGGAAAGAAAUGAAUGAAAAUGGUCAAAAAUGCAUUGCAGAUUAUUUGAAUGAAAAUAUACCCAAAGUGCCUGCUUACCUUGAUGUCUCACAAAAGGAUUAUGUGACAGAAAAAAGUCUUUAUACAACAUCACUGAGGAGACCUUUAAAGCAUCAUUUCCAUGGCUGUGAAAGAAAAACUCAGAACAUUAAAAACGAAAGCAUUUCCUUUUCUGCUUUUAUGUCUAGGAUUAAAAACUCUAAGUCUGAAAAAUGUCAUUUAAUUGAUUCUGAAGAAAAAUAUGAGAACCAAAAUGACUCCAGAUCCCUUCAAGAUGUGGUCAGCUGCAGCAGUGACAUAAGUGACAGUGGAAAAUAUUCUAGUGGGAGUUCCUUUAGUUGUAAAUCCAGUUCAAACAGCAAGUAUUCAGAUAAUGAAGGAUGUGGAAGUUAUACAAGAUGCUGGAGAUUCCCAUCUCCUCAAAAGUCCUCAUCUGGCAGACAUUCCAGCUAUUCUGACACUUCUGUUAGCAGUACAAGUAGCUACAUGAGUCCCACAUCAAACAAUCACAGAAGAAAUAAUUUGCUUUGUUGUUGUAAAAGAAAAAACAAGACAGAUGAAAGGCACAAACACAGAAAGCACAAGUGUAUUUUCACUUCAGAUGAUACAGACGAGGAUUAUCUUUGUCAUAGUAGAAGUCACAGAACUAGAAACUGUAUUCAGAGUGGCACAAUUAAAUAUCCAAGAUGUUCAAGACAUAAACUUUUACAAAUCAGAGAAAGGCCUAAACACAGCAGAUGUAGACAUCAGCAUUUUGGCAAAGUGCUUAGUAGGAAUAGAAGCUGCCACAAAUCCAAAAGUGGUUCCACUAGUGAUUCAAGAAGCAGUGAAAGAUCAUCUAGCAGCAGAAUAUCAAGAUGCAGCAGUUCAGGAUCCUUCUCAAAAGAGACUGACAACUGUGACAACAAAACAAAAGAGGAUGCUGAGAGAGGUUCUGAUGCUGAACCAGGAAAAGCUGAAACUGCGCCUUCCAACUCUCAGUCUAAAAACUUUGCCACCUGCUCUUCCAGAAACCUGGCAAAAGACAUAUGUGGAAAAAGAAAGUCAAUGACAGCCAAGUUACUUUUAGAAAGAGUGCAGUCUAAGAAAACCCAGGAACAAAUGCAUGAUCCAGAGAGAUUUUCAAUCAGUAGUGGGAUAGAAUUAAAGGAUCACUCACAAAGUCACUUUGCUCUUCAGUUUUCCUCAUCAGUAGGUGACAUUGCAAUGUUACCUUUGACAGAGAAAGUGCUAAGCAAAGGUAAAAAUGGCAUCAGACAUAAUGAAAGCAGUUUUUUGGAAAACAGUGUGAAGAAAAACAACACUGAAGCAUCACAGAUAAAUGUUUCUCUUUCACCUGGAACUGAUUAUGAUCAUUGUGUUCUUAAAGACAUGAUUCAAAUUGAAACAGGCUAUCAGAGCCCAAGCAUAAAAAGGAACACAGCAAUAAAGGAACAAACCAAUCUCUUCAUUAGAGAAGUGCAGCCCUUGAUACAAAGCUGUGAUCCAGUACCAAAUGAUUUCCCUGGUGCUUUUCCCUCUAAUAGAUAUUCUGUCGCUAAUUCAACAGAGACCAAAGAAGAACUACAUGAUGUAAACAUGGACUUGAACCGGGCAGAAGGCAGUUCAGACUCUUUUUGUGACAAUGCUAUGCAGAAGUAUGGUGAUACACUGAAUGACCUAGAAGUGUACAGUAAAUCCACCUCCCCUCCUCUAACACAGCAGCCUAUCACAUUUACACCAGAAGAAGUAGACAAAUACAGGUUGCUGCAGCUGCAAGCCCAGCAGCACAUGCAGAAACAACUUCUGGCGAAACAUCUGAAAGUUUUGCCAGCCCCAGGACCAGCUGCCUUCUCUGCAACACCAGCAGUUCCUGCCCUCCCUGUUCAGCAGCAGGCUACUGUCACCACCAUCCACCACACGCUGCUGCAACGCUUUGCUGUCUCGGCGUCUGUGCACCCCCACGGCAGCCAUCUCUCCCUAGCACCCCUCCACCCCCUCUCUCAGGCACAUUUUGCCCCCAUAUCACUUUCCCCAUUAGCCCCAGCCCUUAUUCCCACCCACCCUGCUUUGCUGACAGGACACCCAUUGCACUUGGUGUCUGCCACUCCCCUCCACCCUUCCCCACUGACCUACCCUGCACUGCCACACACUGCAUAUAUCCCAGCCUUAUUUACACCACACCUGAACACGGCCACACCUUCUGCUAUACACCCAAAUCACUUAGUUCAUCCCUUAUUCCAAGGUCAAGAGCCCCAUCACUAUUCUUGUUCUAUCCAGACCCAACAGUUACCUACAGCAAAAGAAGUUUUCAGUGUUUCUAGCUACUUAAACUAGUCCAAAUGAUUUCAUCAUGGCUCCAAUCCCAAAUUAAAAUAAAAUAAAGCAUUCAGCAUUCAAUCACAUCUGAGGGGAAAUCUAAUGUUUUGCUGAGAGCACAACA